CCAGAGAAACACCCAUGGCUUUUCUUCUCUGCUCCAAUCCUCUCUCCACCUCUCUCUAUUCCUCUCCAUUUUCGCCGUCGCCGUCGCCGUCGCCGUCAUGCUUUCCGACGACUUCCGCCGCCCCGAGUUCUAUUUUGCUUAUGAGGCCUGUUGGUUUUCAGCCAAAAAUUUUUAAUGGAGUUCGACUUCGAAAUGUCUCUUUUGUUGAAAAUACGGCGUCAUUGAUUGUCAAAGCUACGUCUGAGAUUGAUGGUACGGGAGAGACUGACAGUAAUGAACCGCAGCCCCCUGCAGAAGCUAAAAAAGAGGAUGUUCCAGUUGACAAACUUCCCUUAGAAUCAAAGCUCCAGGAGAGACUGGAGCAGAAGACGAGGAUGAAAUUAGCAAAAAAGAUUAGGCUGCGGAGGAAGCGGCUUGUUCGGAAGCGCCAUUUGAGGAAGAAGGGACGAUGGCCUCCUUCAAAGAUGAAGAAGUUGAAGAAUGUUUGAUGAUCUUUAGCUUCAGUUCUUGCAGGUUUAGAGGUGACCCAUCUUCUCCUUAUUGCUUCCAAUUUAUUCUGUCUAAUUUCUUUAUACUUCCAUGAAAAUUUACUUGCUUCUUUAUAUAUCUGAAAGAAUUCAGUGACUUAUGAAAUGUGCAAUCUGUGCGUGGAUUUGAAUGAUAAGCUGUACAGUUCAACAAACUGAAUACUUGAUUCAGAUCUUUAUCAGUUGAUCCACUGAUCUCUUGAAAGUUGAAACAUUCAUCUCUCAUCAUACAUUGCUCGCUUAAAAAACCCUGCUCAGACGAAAAUUCUUAGGAGAUUAGACCAGUGGAAAUUGGGUCACAAGAGAAUUUUUUUUCCUUUUAAUAGGAUUAAAAUAUGUAUUCUUGUCUCUCAUUUCUAUUUUGAAUAAGCUGGAGGGCCACAUCCAGAUCAAUGUCCCACAGAGGGACGAGUUUGAGCUUGAUGUGUCUGUCUCGAUGUGUGAUCGACUGGUCGAACAGAAAUGAAAGUUGGGAGUAGUAAAACAAAGAGUUGUUAUGGCUUUUGAUGCAGAAGAAGAUUUUGAAAGUUGGGAGUAGUAAAACAAAGAGUUGUUAUGGCUUUUGAUGCAGAAGAAGAUUUUGAAAGUUGGGAGUAGUAAACAAAGAGUUGCUCUGGCUUUUGAUGCAGAAAAAGAUUUUGUUUUGUUCCUUUUAAUAGGAUUAAAAGAUUGUCUCUAAUAUUUUGUAAAAUAAGCUGAGGGGGCACAAGAUCAAUGCCCGCCGAGGGAUGUGUUUGAGCCCGAUGUGUGACCGACUAGUCGAAUAGAGAUGAAAGCUGGGAGUAAUCAAAGAGUUGUUUUGGCGUUUGAUGCA